UGGUGGUAUGGGAAAUAAAGUAUUGAGGAAUUGGUGGUAGUUAAGGUAAAGGUGUGGAGUCCAGAUAAUCCAGUUAAAGCAGAUAAUAUAAGAUUAUAAAUGGGUUAUAUAGCUGUGUGGAAGGGCCUUGAGUCUACACUGCCAUCUAAUCCAGUUAAAAUCUGAUCAUCUGUAUUUUAUAGGCAGUGUGGAAGAGGCCUGAGGCCUAACUCUGCCUGUGCCCUGGGUGAGUGGGUUGCUAGGAGACCAAGUGGGUGGAGCUUAGCCUUCUAACAGGCAGCAAUUGGAUAAAAACAAUUAUUCCUCUCCCUCUAAUCAAGACUUUAUUUUUCUUUUCUUUUUGUUGUAUCAACCUAGAGGCAUGGAUGAUGGGUUGUGUUGUCAAUUUUCGAGGUUGUGGGGUGUUUAGUUUUGUUGUUUUGGCGGUCGCCAGGAUUCCAUCACUCUUUUAUAUAUAUAGAUAGGAAUAAUUUACGAGGCAAACAUUCAAUGCCUUUAUACAAUGACAUAUAAUAGUCAUAUAAUAGUCAUAGGUAAAAAUCCUUCCCCUUUUUCCAUCUCCGGCGUCUGGAGGUGAUGCUCAACUUCCGGCCAUGGGGAGGUGGUCUUGUUCCAUUUUUCCCAUGCUUAGGAGCCUUUUAUUCGUAGAUUCUCUGAUCUGUUGCCGGCAUGUUUUGCAUAUCUGCAUGGGGCACCCUUUUACUUUCCACCGAGGCAGUACCUAUUGCUCUACUCGCAUUGCAUGCUUUCUAACUGCUAGGUUGAUAGUUGGGAGCUCUCCCAGACUCACAGCUUUGAACUGACAACCCUCAGGUCGAUAGAUUUCCCCUUCAGUCAGCGGCUUAACCUGUCAGAAAAUGGUUAAAUUGAGACACAUUCACCUUCAGUCUCAAUUUACUUCCUUCUCUGGCGAUCUGGCUAUCUGCUCAGUUGCACAGAAAUAAACACACACUUCCCGGCUGUUGGCUGAAACCAGCAGUUGUUAUCUUUAUUGCAAUACUUUACAAUAUUUACAUAGUCUUGCCGGAGCAUAGCAUUCGUGCAUCCGACCUGAUCGAUCACCAAUGACGAAUGUUCCUGUUACGUAUCCGGAAAUCACUCACUGUUUCCCUCUAGCAGUAAAUCUCUACUCUAUGUAAUUAACUCUUACAUUGCUGGAAUGCUGGAUUACUUGCUGCAUUACAGACACACACAAUCAGUUUGCUUUAAACUAUAAGUGAAAUUUGAAAGCUACACAAAACCAUACCUUCACAUAACCCACUGCACUACCACAGCCAUCUGAACGAGAAGCAAUUGGACAGAGGAGCCAUAGCUUUGACAUGGCACAUCCACUCUCCUUGGGGUUUGGGUUAACUCGGCAACAAAAAGACUUGUGAAAGGGGUCUAUAGGUCAUAGUUAGACCCCAAGCUGAGUGUGAUCCAAGUGUGUGAUGCAGCAGCUAAAAGACCCAAUGCGAUACUAGGCAGCAUCAAGAGGAGUAUAGUGAUGUUCAUGUUUAUAUAUUUGAAAGGAUGCCAUGUUGAGGACAGGGCAAGCUUGUUUUCAGUUGCCCCGGAGACAAUGGAGCCAAAUAUGCAGCCUUGGAGUCUCCGUUUCUGGAGGUUUUUCCAACCAAGGCCAGAUGGCCAUCUGUCAAGAGAGCUUUGGUUCAUAGAGGGUGAAAUGUUGCUGCGUGUGUAUGAAAUGUAAAUCAAGUGUUUCUGCUGUUAGGCAAGAGUGUGUGUUUCAGCAAUGAAACAGUUAACAGCAGGCUAGUUUUGAUUGACAGCCUGCUGUGACCUAUCAGGCAUAGUUUCCGGCCUUGGAUGGGUGGAAACUUCCUUCAGACUGAAGAUUGUGCUUAUCUUAUCUGUGUGUGUGUGUGUGUUGAGCUGUGCUUGCCGAGGCAAGAGGCUAUAGAAGAAUGCCAGCUCAGAGCGAUGGCUUUUGCUGUGUUUUUCGGAGGACUGAGUCCCAAGGGCAAUGUGAGCGGCGUGGAGUAUUACAACCCCCUGGACCACGAAUGGAGAAUCCUGGGACCCGUCUCCAAGCAUCGGAACGGCGUUGGGGUGGCUUCCUUGCACGGCUCGAUUUAUGCCGUUGGUGGCCAUGACGGUGUGGUGUGCCUCAGCAACGUUGAAAGAUAUGAGCCUGAAAACAACGAAUGGAAGAGGGACGUGGCCCCAUUGAGUGAACCCAAGCAAGAUGUGGCCGUGGCGGAGUUGGGGGGCUACCUGUACUGCGUUGGGGGCUACGAUGGCCUGCUUUGUGUGGACACUGUGGAGAGAUAUGACCCACUGCUCAAUCGAUGGCGCAAAGUGACGCCCAUGAGCCGUCGCCGGAGGGGCCUGGGCUUGGCGGUGCUGGAUGGGUACCUCUAUGCCGUCGGUGGGUCUGAUGGACAGGCGCCUUUGUAUUCAGUGGAGCGUUACAACCCCACGGAAGACAGAUGGACCCCAUGUCCUCCGCUGCGGACGUGCCGGGAGAACCUAGGAUGUGUAGCAUUCCAGGGGCAGAUCUAUGCCGUGGGUGGGCGAGAUGACUUCACGGAGCUGUGCAGCACCGAGCGAUACAAUCCUCUGGCCAACGAAUGGCUUCCUGCUCCAGCCAUGAGGUCGAAAAGGAGCAAGGUCGGCCUCGCUGUUGCAAACGGCUACCUCCUAGCCAUCGGGGGCUAUGACGGCAUUGUCCACGUGACCACCGUGGAAGCCUUUGACUGGGAAAUGAAUAAAUGGAGGCGUUUCGGCAACAUGCAAUCCGUUCAUCCCGGCGGAGGCGUCACCGUGGUCAAAAUGUCCCCUUCCGAUCUGGAUUUUUAUGAUUCUCCUUGGAGCAGAUAAAAAAGAAAAAUAAUUCCAAUUUCUUUGAUUUGUUUUGAGUUGAUUUGUGCAGUUAGGAUUUCUCCAGUUGUGGGAAGAAAAAGGGCAAGCUGUGCCAUAAAAAAUUACAAUAUCUCAAGGCUCAUCUGUCUCCGUAACAGCCAGUCUCCAAUUAGGAGAUGAAUGCAUCACAUUUUAAAAUCAAUAUAUCAAGCACUGACUCAUCUAUUUUUCUGCUGUGGGUGCUAGGCAUGGGUGAAUUUAUUGGAAUCAUCGUUAAUCGUAAUAAAAUCGUUAAUCGUAAUAAAAUCGAACAGGGUUCCAAGGUGGUUUGGCCCUUCGAAUUUAACCUCCCAAUUCAAAGUGUUGGCGCCCAUGCCUCGGAAUACCUUUGGAUAAGCUUCAGAUAUAUGAGAAAGUGUUUUAAUUCAACCAAUCUCUUGGCUAGCAUUGAGGUUUAAGAGCCCCAUAGAAACCAAGUCUGGAGCAUUUUCUCUCCUUGAUAGCCACAAAAAACAAAGUUUCUCAAGUAGAACAAUGACUUUCAAAGUAAAGACAACCCAAUGAAACAGGAAAUAACACUUCCAAACCAGGAACAGAUUUUUGUUAUUAUUCAAAAAUUUUAAAUAAAAACUUUGAAAAUUCACCAAUAAUCUGAGGAUAAGUCAAACAUUCUUAGAUUUGGUGAGCUAACAGUGGUAAAUGUGUUCUACCACUGUAGCAAAUUUCAUUAGGUUAGCUCAAAAAAUGAGGGAGAGAGAAGCCCCUCAAAUUUCCCCAUUGACGAUAAUGUUUCCCUUCAUGCACAUGCGCAUCCACCAUUAAUGAGUUUUGGAAAGUUUUGGAAAGUUUCGAAUUUUUUUGCUUCAAAAUUUGGAAAUGACUUUAGACUUUAGAAACGCCCCCUACUUUCGAAGCAAGUAUUGAACCAUUUUUUUGAUGGACCGCACAUGCCUAGUGGAUUCAUCUACACUGUAGAAUUAAUGCAGUUCGACACCACUUUAACUGCCAUGGCUUUGUGGGAGUAGGAGUUUUGCAAAGUCUUUAGCCUUCUCUGCCAAUUAAUGUUGGCUCCUCACAAAAAUAGACCUCCUAUGAUUCCGUAAUAUUGAGCUGAAGUGCUAUCAGGAAAAUAUAAAAAUUCUUGUGGGUUUUCAGUCUUAAGAGCUCCUUUUUUUACACAUUAGGUAGACUGACUCUAUGAAUAUAUUCGAUGUAGUAAUGAGACGAUGACUCUUCUUUUACAGAGAUGCCUUUGGGCUAGAAAGUGAGAAGUCUAUUUCAAACCUAAGAACUUCGGCAACAUUUAGGUUAUGGCUUUGUUUAUUCGUUUGUUUAUUGAUAUUGGAUUUUGUUUGGUUAGAUUAUUAUAUUUUAAUAAAUGUUUAUUAAUAAAGGCACAAUCAAAUGUA